AUGAAACCAAUGCUUCUUCAAGCACAUAAACGUUCCUUAACUAAAGUUUAUUAUAAUCGUGAAAGUGAUCUUUUAUUUUCAGCUGGUAACGAUACAGUUCCAUCUGCUAUAAAUCAUGUACGCAGAGAAAAAUCACAUCAAGGACAAAUAAUGGAUUUACAAACAAAUAACGAUUUGACGUUUCUAAUUUCAUCAUCAAAAGAUCGCACAGCUAAAAUAUUGAAACAUUUGAAAACAUAUAAAACUGAACGUCCGAUUAAUUCUGCGGAAAUCUCACCACUUAAAGAUCAUGUGUUACUUGGUGGUGGUCAAGAAGCUAUUAAAGGUUACUUUGAACCUAUCAAUAACAUUGAUAUACAUCUUGAUGGAAAAAGUUAUGCUAGUGCAAAUGAAGAUGAUCUUGUACGGAUAGAUUAUUUUGAUAAUGAUUAUCUUGAUUAUGAUGUUGUUUAUUAA